GUGAGAUAAAAGAUGUUAAAUCUCACAUGCAGAUGAGGAAAGAGUGUGGUAAAAUUCCAAAGAUGGGAUAUAUAAUUAGAAAGCAGAGAAAAGAAAACAGAAAAGGAGUAUUGAAAAGCAACAGCUUUGAUAAGGCAAUCAAACAAAUUGCAAGAAAUCUUCAACAAACUGGCUCCCUUGAUGUGAAACAGGAUGUUCUCUGCGUACUUACACAGUGGAUUGAUUAUGUUAGAGAACUGAAAGCUGAAAAUGAAAGAAUGGAAACUUUGAAGAAAAAUUGUUCCCUGAUAAAUAAAAUCUAUCACAAAAUGAACAAACGGAUAGAGGUGUUAGAAAAGCAAUGGGAUCUUUUGCAGAAAGACGAUCAAUCCUUGGAAGAAAGUCAUUAGAUAGGUUUUGCAUUAUCUUUCCAAAAAGCUUGCUUUUCCAUUUCUUUUUUCAUUGAAAAUUGAAUUGAUAUUUCAACUCGAGAUCAAAAUUACUUAAUGCAGUGAAAAUGUAUUUUUUAGAAAUGUAAAAUCAAAAUAUCCAUCACUAUGAUUUAAAAAAGGAGUUAUUAAAUACAUGUGACAUUAAA